CUCGGCUGCCCACAGCAGAGACCACCACCCAGCAUCUCGUCCCAGCGAAACCUCACAAUAUCUGGCCCAGUACACCUGUAUCUCUACGCCGGCCUUGUUCUCACUCCUGGAACCUGGAACUCGCCAAGUAUACCCACGGCCUUGCAUGUAACACCAGACGCCUGCACUGCUGGCAUCUGUCUUGGUUGGACCUAUUGUUCUCCCAUUAACCAUAACCAUACCCAUAUCGGGUGCCCCUCCGUCUUACGCCCUCUUCCUUAAUGUCUAGUGCUGUCGAGUCUUCUCAUCACAUUUUUGGCACCACUUAUACGCUCAACAACAUGUCCCGAUCACUUUACACUCCUUAUGAGGCCUGCUCCUCAAGGCACGUACAUUACAUGCCAGAACAGCCACCACAUCAGCCGCACUUGUAUCGUCAACAGCAACAACACAGGCUGCCUCCCGUGACCACCAUAAUACCCAUCACUGGUCCUGGUUCUGUUUCUUCUUCCUGCGAUCCAGCUUACCGAGGCCAUAGCCAGACUUAUUACUCCGACUACCCGACUCCUUCACCAGUGGGACAAACACCUCCCCAACUCCCGAUUACCCAUAGCGAGGCUCGUCCUUUUAAUGGAAGGCAACUAGACGGCCGCCUGUCUCCAGCCUAUUCCACUGCCGCCAGUGAAAGGUCAACCGCUGAGUCGACCUACGAGUCUCGUUCAAGGCAAACGAGCAAUGCUCAUCAGGCGCAUGUUGAGCCAUCUUGGCCCCCGUUCCACCAGCAACCCUCACGAUUAAGGCAGGAGUCAUCCAGUCAUUUCACUAUGGUACGGAAGGCCUCGACACUCGACAACAACCACAACAGCAACGACUCUCCAUCACCCGAGGGAUUACAGACUCCAUCCAGCUCCCAGCAAGGCGGUUCCCCAAGGCAGGAAUCCCGGCCCAUGAGCAUAUCCAACCUCAUAAGCACCGACAACACCAGAAACAUGCGGAACCCGGUCACCCUACCACCACCACCCUCAGGCAAAAAGACCGACUACCGAAUUUCCGUCCGUCAACAGCCCUUCGCCGCCCGCAGCUGCGGCUUCGGCGAACGCGACCGGCGCGUCAUCGACCCGCCGCCCAUCGUGCAACUGACCAUCCACAACGACACGCUCUCACGCGGGGAGCACAGCCGGCUCCUGCGGCAUCAGUUCAGCGUCAUCCACUGCAGCAUCUGGAACGAGACGGGCGUCAAGGACAUGAGCAGCAUGCCCGAGGAUUUCCGGCAGCAGCGGCGUUUGAUGGGGACGCUGGUUGCGUCCCCCUUUGUCGGGUUAGAUGAAAACGGCGAGGAGGGCUGUUUCUUUUGUUUCCCCGACCUGAGCUGUCGCACGCCGGGGACGUUUCGGCUCAAGUUUGCGCUGGUCGUGCUGGACCCCGCGAGGAUGAUGGCGGGUGAUAGGAGUAGUAUUGUCGCGACGGUGAUGAGCGAGCCGUUUCACGUGUAUAAUGCGAAGGAUUUCCCGGGGAUGAAGGCCAGUACGCCAUUGACAAAGAGACUCAAAGGGCAGGGGUGUUUAAUCAGUAUUAAAAAAGGGAAUGAGAAGGGAGGGAACGGGAGUGGGAGUAAAGGCGACAGGGAGGAGGAGAGUGGGGAGGAAGAUGAUGAGGAUGUAGAUGGGGAAGAUAGCGGGAGAGGAGGAGGGAAAAAGGGGAGGAAGAGGCAGAAGAGGGGGUCUUUGUGAAGGUGUUUCCUUUUUCGAUAAUCGGGGUUUUUUUUUUCUUCUUCUU